UCUAACUUCAUCCCUUGCAGAUGUUGUCAGCACCCAUCCUGAAUGUGAAUCUCAGAUACAGAUGGGUAGAAUGAUGCCGUUGCUACAGGAGCUGUCAUGUUUUGUGAUGCGGGUCUAUGAAGUGGUAAAAAAUACAAUCCACCAACUCACCUGUCUCUACAAUCCACCAAAAUCUGGGAUCAAACUGAUUGAUGUGACUGGAGUACAUUUUCAAAUUGUAUUUGAACACCUUGGGGAUCUCCUCACUGUGCUCAUCACUCUUGAUAAAAUUAUUGAGAACCAGGCUCUUCUCAAAGAACAUUGGACUCUGUACAAACGGAUGUUAAAGAGUGUAAGACACAACACUUCCAAGUUCAAUAUUCCUGAUGAAAAACUUCGUCCAUUUGAGAAAUUGAUGCUGACCCAAGAGGGACAAUUAUUUGAUGGUUACAUAUUCUUGAAUUGUGUGGAACAAAUUUUUGAUGAUCCUAAUAUUGUAUUAGUCUCAAAGAGUACAACUUUUGCAGAGGAAUUUAUAUUCAAUAUCCGUGAAAUUCUUACCCAACUGGAAUCAAAGAUCGGUGAUGUAAAGGAGAUGGACCAGCGACACAAAUAUGUUGGAUUAUGUGGGCUUUACGUUCUCUACACUCAGAUAUUUCGUGUGGUUGACAAGAAACUUUUUAAAGCAGUCUGGGACGUUUACAAAAAGGUACCUGCUGUACACCUUGUUGGUAAUGUAGUGUGGAUCCCCAGUGACUUCCUGUUAAACAAUAUCCCAGACACUGCACAGGCUAUUGACAAGAAAGCUCUAUUAGUUGUACGAGGUCAUUGCUCCACUUGGCUGCAACAAAAGAACCAGAUCCUCACCAGAGAUAUCCAGAGUUAUUUCUCACAGAUUGGUAUAUGGAUGGUAAACAUGGAAUCUAGCCUGUCUCGAGGUUCUUCAGUCAUGCAAGAACUCAACAAUAGGUGUAAUCUGUUUAUUCAGGGUAUCCUUUAUGCAUACAACAUCAGCCACAUGGUACGUACUGUGAUGAAUCUACACUUGCUACUGCAGAAAGCUAUGACCAAAACUGCAGUGAUUGCCCUCUGUAAACUGCUUGAGCUACUCAAAGCCAUAGAAUUCACAUUCCACCGCCGGACAAUGUUGGUUUCAGAAUCAAUCAACCAGAUAAUCCAACAUCUCAGUUACCUGGCUCUAUCUGCUAUAAACACAGCACGCAAAAGAAUCACCCAAGACAAGAAAUACAGUGAACGAAGACUCGAUGUGCUGUCAGCUUUGGUUCUAGCUGAAAAUGCCCUUAAUGGACCGGGCACCAAAGAACGCAUCCUGGUAGCCACCCUGGCAUUAUCUGUGGGUACCAAGAUGAGAGCAUUUAGAGACGAUGAAAUCACAAGCCUCACUGAACUUCUGAAGAAAUUGGAGAUUAUUACCAAACUUUGGGAGAGUCUCAGAUGUGCCACUGACUGCAGCUUCAUGUACUGGCAUCGUCAUAUCUUCCCUAUAUACCUCACCGACAUGUUGGACAAUCCAUCUGAUGCCCAUGGACUACAUUACAUGUUCGGUGCUCUAAGGGACUGUGUCAUCCCUAUGGAUUACGUACGCCACCUCGAGACCUCUCAACACCUGAAGGACAUCUUUGAUAAAGAGAUCCGGGAUAAUUUGAAAGCGCAUCUGAUGGAACCACUGUGCCUUGCCAUAGAAACUGACCUGAGAUUACACAUUCACUCUCACCUUCAGUUAGAUGACCGUAACCCAUACAAAGUUGGCCUCAAGGACCUCUCAAACUUCCUACGCCUCAGACCAAUACGAUUCUUUGAUCAGUUCAUCAAUAUUAAAACCUAUGUGGAACAUUACUUGGACAAGACUUUCUACAAUCUAACCACUGUCACACUCCAUGACUGGAAAACUUACAGCGAGAUGAAAAACAUGGCUGAAGAAAAGUAUGGUGUAUCAUUGAUUGAGUCUCACUUACCAAGUCAGACUUUGGAACAGGGUCUGGAUGUUUUAGAAAUAAUGAGGAAUAUCCAUGUAUUUGUCUCCAAGUACCAAUACAACUUAAACAAUCAGAUUUUCAUUGAAGGCUCAAGCCACAACAAGCACUUGAACACAAUCAAUAUACGACAUAUUGCAAACUCCAUUAGGACACAUGGUAUUGGUAUUAUGAACACAACGGUAAACUUCACAUACCAGUUCCUACGUAAGAAGUUCUUCAUAUUCUCGCAGUUUAUGUUUGAUGAACACAUCAAGUCACGACUGAUAAAGGAUUUGAAAUUCUUCAAGGAACAUCACAUACACACUGACCAGAAGUAUCCAUAUGACCGAGCUGAAAAAUUCAACAAAGGGAUCCGCAAGCUAGGUUUGACUCCUGAUGGCCAGAGCUAUUUGGAUCAGUUCCGUACCUUAAUUACACAAAUAGGCAACGCAAUGGGUUACAUCCGCAUGAUCCGGUCAGGUGGGUUGCAUUGUUGCAGCAAUGCAAUUCGGUUUAUCCCAGACUUAGAAGAUAUUGAAAGUUUUGAAGAACUCUCUACCAAAGAAGGUCUCUCUGCAGAAUGUCAACUGGCUGCAAAGAAUCUGGAUGCCGUUAUAAAUAACCUGUCUAAGAAUUUUGCAGAGGGAACUGAAUAUUUCAAGAUGCUGGUUGAUGUGUUUGCACCAGAGUUUCGUAAUCCAAAGAACAUGCAUCUCCGUAACUUCUAUGUCAUUCUGCCAGCAUUGACUCUGAACUUUGUAGAACAUUCCAUGAGUUGUAAAGAGAAACUGAAUCGUAAAAACAAAGAUGGUGCUGCCAUAACAGAUGAUGGCUUUGCAAUGGGUCUAGCUUAUAUCCUGAAGUUGCUCGACCAGUACCAUGAGUUUGACUCUCUGCAUUGGUUUGCAUCUGUAAAGAAGAAAUAUUCCCAAGAUAAGAUGGAGGUUCAAAAACAGCAGACUUCAGCCAGUGUGAAAAUGGACGAGAAACUGAAUCAAACCACAACCCUCACUAUGAAAAGAUUAGAUGUUUAUAUUCAGGAAUUUAAUUUGCUGAACUAUUCAUUAAGCAGUGCACGGAUAUUCUUCAGGGCUGACCUUACUGCUGCUGAGGAAAAAGAAAAGAAAGACGAAAGUGAAGGAGAUGAUUUACUCUCUGUCGUAGGUGAGCACGGAUCAAGACCUGAUCUCCUGACCCUGACCCUGACCCUGUUACUCCCACCGACCUUUGACUUUUGUUCAUUCGUUCUAUUUGCUUUACCCUUGAACCAUUUUCUGGGUUUUUUUUUGUUUUUUUUUUUACCAGCCUCAUCUUAUGUCUCGCCAUUCCUUCCUCACACCUCACCCCAGUUACCUCGAUAUCACCUUAAUUCAGUUGACCCUGUUACUGGGAACCAUUGCUUUUUCAGCAAGCGUAAUAAUAAUAAUAAUAAUAAUAAUAAUAAUAAUAAUAAUAAUGUUAUAAUGUCAUUUAUAAUUGCCAGUAUUAUCAGUAUUGUAGUAGCAGAAUUGGUAAGUGAUGGAUAAAAUGCUUUGUGAUAUUCAUCCUUUCAGAUUUGAUAAAAUAAAGUACCAGUCAUAUAUUUCGGGGUCGAUAAAAUAAGCACCAGUUGAACACUGGGAUCAAUGUAAUCGACUCAUCCCCUCCCCCAAAAUUGCUGCCCCGGUGGCAAAAUUUGAAGCCAUUAUUAUUAUUAUUUAUAAUUCCUGUCACUCAUUGACCAUGUGACAAGAAACCAUUAUCCUUAUUGUUAUUAUUAUUAUUAUUAUUGCAUUUCAUCUGUCACUAUGUUCUAAGUUCAAAUUCCGCGAGGCCAACUUUGCCUUUCAGCCUUUUGGUGAUCAAUAAAUUAAGUACCAGUGAAAAUCUGGGGGUCAAUGUAAUUGACAUAUCCCCCCUUGUGACAAAAUUUGAAACCAUUAUUAUUAUUAUUAU